UGGUUCACCAACAGGACGGAGUUACAAAAGCAGAGACAAAAGCAAAGGUUUUAACCUCUCGCCCGCCUGGAUUCUGCUAUCCUGAUCAUUUCAGAAAUUCCCGGGACUGUUCUUUACUCACCCACUCCGCGUUUUGAAUCUUCUGACCCAGAAAGAGAGGGGGAACCCUUCCUCCCAGGAUGUUUGCAGUCAAAGUGCCUCCGAAAGCAGAGGGUCCUAUCUUUAUUGGUGCUUCUGGAAUUUGAGCUGCAACCAUUACUGAAGCUAAAGCUACUAUUGAUCUGCCUUGAAGAAAGAGCACAUCUUGGGGAAUGUUACAUAGGCUCUCUCUUGUGUAUACAGUCUUUAAAAAGUACUUGAAUGAAAGCAAUGGCAACUGCCCCUCCUCCAGUCAGUAAUGCCUUCCAUGAAAAUGGGACUGUGUCACUUCAUUACAACUAUGUAGGAAAACUGGAAGAGAGAUUAAAAGACAAAGAAAGCAAUGAGCUGACAGAUGCCAUUUUCCUAGUCAUUUGCAGCUUCAUUGUCCUGGAGAAUUUGAUGGUUCUCAUUGCCAUUUGGAAAAACAACAAAUUUCACAACCGCAUGUACUUUUUCAUUGGUAACCUUGCUCUUUGUGACUUGUUGGCUGGCAUAGCUUACAAAGUAAACAUCCUGAUGUCUGGAAAGAAAACUUUGAGCUUGUCGUUAACAGUCUGGUUUCUGCGGGAAGGCAGUAUGUUUAUUGCACUUAGUGCUUCCACUUGUAGCUUAUUAGCCAUUGCCAUUGAAAGACACCUGACUAUGAUUAAAAUGAGACCUUAUGAUGCCAAUAAGAAGUAUCGGGUAUUUCUCCUCAUUGGAAUGUGCUGGCUUAUUUCCUUUUCCCUGGGUGCCUUACCCAUCCUCGGGUGGAAUUGCCUUGACAACUUACCUGACUGUUCUACAAUUUUGCCCCUCUAUUCCAAGAAGUAUAUUGCAUUUUGUAUCAGUAUCUUCAUAACCAUUCUUGUGACAAUUGUGAUUCUUUAUGCACGUAUUUAUAUCUUGGUGAAAUCCAGCAGCCGUAAGGUCACCAAUCACAGCAACUCAGAACGAUCCAUGGCACUGCUUAGAACAGUGGUGAUUGUUGUCAGCAUUUUCAUUGCCUGUUGGUCUCCACUGUUUAUCCUUUUUCUUAUUGAUGUUGCCUGCAAAGUUAAAGAGUGUGCUAUUCUUUUUAAAGCCCCAUGGUUCAUUGCUUUAGCUGUUCUCAACUCUGCCAUGAAUCCUAUUAUCUAUACCCUGGCCAGCAAAGAAAUGCGGAGAGCUUUCUUUCGCCUUGUUUGUAACUGCCUGGUUAGGAACAAAAUGACUCAGUCUUUGCCUAGCCAGCCAGCUCUGGAUCAAAGUCGAACUAAAUCAUGCAGCAGUAACAUUGGUAACAACAUACCAAAACCAAGGGAAAACUUCACACAAAUCAAUGCUGCCCCAAGCAUCAUCAAAAAGACUGAAUCUCUAUACAAUGGGAUUUUUUGCCGGUGAAGACCUUUGAGAAAAGAAUAAUAAACCCUUUACAGUUUUUACAGACUUAAAUUAAAGGGGGAAACACUAUCUAGCUAUUUGUCUAUGUUUCU